UAGGUCCUGGUAGAUGAGUAUAUAUGUCUCCCCGCUCUACCUUCACUGUCGGUGUGGAAUGAAGUCAAUGACGAUGCUGCAUACAACGUUCAUCCUCCUCCUCUGCGUGGAACUCGUCGCAGGUGCUUCUUUGAACAAAACCGAUGUCAUUACUCCGUGCUCGGCUUCCACGAACCGGCAGUUCUUGCAUGAGCUGAGGUCGCUGCUGAGCCUCUAUCUGGGGGAGAAGGUUCUACCGCCAGUGACCUCCACUCCACAAAGUAGCAGCUCAGGAGGAGGAGCGAUAUUCACUCGGUGGGGAAAGACAACAUGUCCGUUAGGAAAUGAUGUCAUGUAUAAAGGUUAUGCAGGAGGAAGUCACUACCAGGCCAAGGGUGGACCAGGGACAACUCUGUGCCUUCCUGACUCUCCUAUCUACGCCAACCAUACUGCAGCAGGAUCAAGCAGUACUCUCUAUGGGACUGAGUAUCAACCUUAUCAAGCAACAGCGCCUCUGCACAACAUGUUACAACAUGAUGUCCCUUGUGUGGUGUGCCGCAGUCGUGACAGGAGGAGUGCUGUCAUGGUCCCUGCCAGGAAUCAGUGCUUCCCUGAGUGGCACCUGGAGUACAAGGGGUACCUCUUUGGGGGUGGCACUGUAUACACAGGUUCAACUGAUUACGUGUGUGUAGAUGAAGACCCAGAAUCCAUAAAGGGAGGCCAUGCUGACACAAACGGACAUCUCCUGUACCUGGUCGAGUCUAUCUGUGGUCCCCUGCCAUGUCCACCAUAUGUUAAUGGCUGGGAGAUGACCUGUGCUGUUUGUACAAAAUAAAAAUCAUCUUUUAGUUCCGUGUCUACAAAUCAAUGAGAAUUGCGUUCUUGUCGGGACAAUGAAAAGCUGAUCAAGUUCGAAAUGUUUUGCGAGUUGAGGUGUCAUAAGGAAAUUAUCCUUUUUUGCACUAUACGUGCCAAAAUAGAAAUAUCAAGAUUACACGUUGUUUGGAAAAGAGAUAUACUAUUCAUAUCCACGUUCAUGUCAAAUAAAAUCAAAAUGGAAAAAUUGUCAAA